GGUUUGAAACGCCGAGCGAGGGGCGGCGUGAGGGGCAGCGGGGCCGCAGCGGCGAGAGCGGCGGACGGCGCUGGCCGCGGGUCCCGGAGCCGUGAGAGGCACCAUGGCACAAGCACUCGCCUCCCCAGCGCUGUUUUCUGACGAGGAGGCUGCAGCCUCCCCCGUGCUCGAGUCCACGGCAGCGGGCUUUGGGGCUGACCUGCGCAAGGACCUGCUGCCCGAGUUCUCUGCCAUCUCCCCCAACCUCGAGGCCUCCCAGGCUGUAGCUGAAGACAAUAAUGGAAAAUUAAAGGUUUACCUCAGAGUUCGACCUCUGAAAUCUACAGAAGUAGAAAAGGGAGAAGACCAGGGCUGUGUCUGCAUUGAGAACUCAGAGACCCUUAUUCUAAAAGCUCCAAAGAAUUCCUUCACCAUGCGGAGCACGGAGCGAGGAGUGGGACAAGCAGUGCACAGGUUCUCCUUCACCCGGAUUUUUGGACCAGAGGUGGGGCAGAAAUUUUUCUUUGAUGAGACAAUGAAGCAGGUGGUAAAGGAUGUGCUGAGUGGGCAGAACUGUCUGGUUUACACCUAUGGCAUCACCAAUUCAGGGAAGACUCACACCAUUCAGGGCACUGCCCAAGAUGGGGGGAUUCUGCCUCGCUCCUUGGCAACCAUCUUCAACAGCGUGGGGGAGCGGCUGUACCAGGCCAUGGACCUGAAGCCUGCCCUCUCCAACGAGGUGACCCGGCUGGACAGCAGGCAGGUGCGCCAGGAGGAGACCAAGAAGCAGAUGAUGCUGCAGAGGGGUCUCUGGGAGGAGGAGCUGCUGACGCCGCUGAAGAGGAGUCACAGUGCUGAAUCUCAGCUCCAGGCCACCACCAGUGGCAGUUUUGACAGUGGAGUUGCUGGUCUGUCUUCAUCCAGCCAGCUCACCAGCCGCUCAGACCUCAGCCAGACAGAAGAACUGGGCCCUUGCUGGGCUGACUUGGAUGGCAUUUCACUCCCCAGCACAGGAGAUGUGCAGUUCUCCAUCUGGGUUUCUUUCUUUGAGAUCUACAACGAGUUAAUCUAUGACUUGUUAGAACCAGCUCUACCUGGGCAGAACCGCAAGCGGCAAACGCUGCGGCUCUGCGAGGACCAGACUGGCAACCCCUAUGUGAAAGAUCUGAACUGGAUCAAUGUCCGGGAUGCUGAUGAGGCCUGGAAGCUCCUGAAACUGGGUCGGAAAAACCAGAGUUUUGCAAGCACCCACAUGAACCAGAACUCCAGCCGCAGUCACAGUGUGUUCUCCAUUCGGAUUCUGCACUUGCAAAGAGGUAGCAGUGAAGUUGUUCCCAAAAUCAGCGAGCUGUCCCUGUGUGACCUGGCGGGCUCCGAGCGCUGCAAGGACCAGAGAAGCGGGGAGCGAAUGAAGGAAGCCAACAACAUCAACACCUCCCUGCACACCCUGGGCCGCUGCAUCGCCGCCCUCCGCCAGAACCAGCAGGCCAGGACAAAGCAGGCGGUGGUUCCGUUCCGGGACAGCAAACUGACCCGCGUGUUCCAGGGCUUCUUCACGGGGCGCGGGCGCUCCUGCAUGAUCGUCAACAUCAACCAGUGUGCUUCCACCUAUGAUGAGACCCUGUACGUAGCCAAGUUCUCAGCCAUUGCCAGCCAGCUUGUUCAGGCACCUCCCACAAAGAUGGGACUCCCAUCCUUAAAAUCCAUCAUCAAAGAACACAGCAGGCGAAUCAGCCAGGGUCCAGAGGCAGAGCCAGAGGAAGAUGUGGAAUCAGAAGAAGACACUGAGGAUGAGGGAGAUGUCUCUAUGUAUGAGAAGAAGGACCUGCUGCGCGCGGUCGAGGCUGCACGGGAGCUGCUGGUGCAGGAGCGGCAGAAGAAGCUGCAGCUGGAGAUGCGCCUGCGCGAGGAGAUCUGCAACGAGAUGCUGGAGCACAUGCAACAGAAGGAGCAGUGGUGGAGCCAGCACGUGGAUGCUCAGAGAGAGCAGCUGGAGGAACUGUAUGAGGGUAAAAUGGCCAUCCUGAAGGAGUUACUCACUGACCACUACCAGGAGCAGAUGCAGGAGCGUGACGAGGAAAUUUCGGAGCUCAAAGCUGCUCUGAAGGAGACCACACAAAAACUGGAGAGCCUGGAUGCCCAGCAAAAGGACUCAGAGCAGAGUGUACGUCGAUCCAAGCGAGUGGCCACCUCGUCUGCUCUGCAGCAGGAGCUGGCAGACACCAAAGCCAGGCUGGAGCAGUGUCAAAAGGAGUUGAAUUCCACAAAUGCAGAGUUGCACAAGUACCAGAAAUUGGUGGAGCCACCUCCCUCUGCCAAACCCAUUACUAUGGAUGUGGACAGGAAGCUGGAGGAUGGACAGAAGAACGUCAGAUUGCUGCGUUCAGAGUUACAAAAGAUUGGGGAGUCUCUCCAGUCUGCAGAGCGGGCGUGCUGCCACAGCACAGGGGCAGGGAAGCUGCGAGAAGCCCUGGGCAUGUGUGAUGACAUCCUGGCCAGACAGGACCAGACCCUGGCAGAGCUGCAGAACAACAUGAUGCUGGUGAAGCUGGACCUGCGCAAGAAGGCAGCCUGCAUUGCUGAGCAGUACCACACGGUGCAGAGGCUGCAGGCGCCGCCGACGUCCGCCCUCAAGAAACGCUUCUGUGCCAACAGGGAGAACCUGCAGCCCAAUCAGCCCCCUGGCAAAAAGCCCUUCCUGCACAACAUCCUGACACGUUCAGCCACCCGUCCUGUGGCUCCCAGAGGCUGGCAACUUCGUUCAGUUGCUCUAUGACUUUUCAAAAGGAGGUCCCUGCCCUGCUAUUACUGGAAGAGGUGGCAAAUCCAAUAUAAUA